CCAAGUACAGAAAGAGCCACUGAGGAUGAGACUCAUCACCUGCCUCUGAAGCGGGGAAUCCCUCCAUCCCCAAACUCCAGUACCAGGUGGUUCCUUCCCUCUGCAGGGGGAACCGUGGAGACAGAACCCAAAAGUACCAUGGCUUCUGACUUAGAAAGUAGCCUCACUUCCAUAGACUGGCUCCCCCAGCUGACCCUCCGAGCUACCAUUGAGAAGCUUGGGAGCGCCUCCCAGGCUGGGCCUCCAGGUAGCAGCCGCAAGUGUUCACCAGGCUCACCCACAGAUCCUAAUGCCACCCUGAGCAAAGAUGAGGCAGCAGUCCACCAGGAUGGCAAACCACGGUACAGCUAUGCCACCCUCAUCACCUAUGCCAUCAACUCCUCUCCAGCCAAGAAGAUGACCCUCAGUGAGAUUUACCGCUGGAUCUGUGAUAACUUCCCCUAUUACAAGAAUGCUGGCAUUGGUUGGAAGAAUUCUAUUCGGCACAACCUUUCUCUCAACAAGUGUUUCCGGAAGGUACCCAGACCUCGGGAUGACCCUGGAAAGGGUUCCUAUUGGACAAUCGACACCUGCCCUGACAUUUCCCGAAAGAGAAGACACCCUCCAGAUGAUGAUAUAUCCCAAGAUUCACCAGAACAGGAGGCAAGCAAGAGCCCACGGGGAGGCAUUCCCGGGAGUGGAGAAGCCUCGCUGCCUCCUGAGGGGAAUCCACAGAUGUCGCUUCAGAGCCCCACAUCUAUUGCCAGCUAUAGCCAGGGCACAGGACCUGUGGAUGGCGGAGCAGUGACAGCAGGGGGUUCAGGCCGAGAAAGUGCUGAGGGUCCCCCUCCCCUCUAUAACACCAACCAUGACUUCAAGUUCUCCUAUUCAGAGAUCAACUUUCAGGAUCUAAGCUGGUCUUUCCGAAACCUCUACAAAUCCAUGCUGGAGAAAUCCUCUUCCUCUUCUCAGCAUGGCUUUUCGUCUCUUCUCGGGGAAAUGCCACCCUCUAACAACUACUACAUGUACCAGCAGCAGCAGCCACCGCCUCAACAACAGCAGCAGCAGCAGCCACCACCACCACAGCCACCUCCCCAGCCAUCCCAGCCACAGCAGCCGCCCACCCCAGCCCAGGGCCCCUCCUCUGUAGGAGGUGCUCCUCCACUGCACACCCCAAGCCCAGAUGGUUGUACCCCGCCAGGGGGAAAGCAAGCUGGGGCUGAAGGCUACGGGCCUCCCCCUGUAAUGGCCAUGCAUCCACCCCCACUGCAGCAUGGCGGCUACCACCCUCAUCAGCACCAUCCCCACUCCCACCCUGCCCAGCAGCCACCACCUCCACAGCCACAGGCACAAGGCCAGGCUCCCAUCAACAGCGCUGGCUUUGCCUUUCCUCCCGACUGGUGCUCUAACAUUGACUCCUUGAAGGAAAGCUUCAAGAUGGUGAAUCGGCUCAAUUGGUCCAGCAUUGAGCAAUCACAGUUCUCAGAACUGAUGGAGAGUCUACGACAAGCAGAGCAGAAGAACUGGACCCUCGACCAGCAUCACAUUGCCAAUCUGUGUGAUUCCCUCAACCACUUCCUUACUCAGACUGGUCACGUGCCCUCUCAAGGGGGCUCCCACCGGCCACCAGCCCCAUCACGUAUUGCUGACUCCUGUGCCCUUACCAGUGGCAAACAGGAGCCAGCUAUGAACCAAGUAAACUCUUAUGGGCACCCACAAGGUCCCCACCUCUAUCCUGGCCCAUCACCAAUGUACCCAAUCCCCACCCAGGACUCAGCAGGAUACAAUCGCCCAGCACACCAUAUGGUCCCUCGGCCACCGGUCCCACCUCCUGGUGCCAAUGAAGAGAUCCCUGACGACUUUGACUGGGACCUGAUCACUUAGCGUGUCACAGAGUAUGGACCUCAGCCUAGGGCCCAGUGGUGAAGUCUGGCAGUGGGGAAAGAGCAGCCCCAGCCCAUCCCUCCCCACUGCCUGUAUAUAGAUAUAUAUCCUCUUUUUGUUCUUUCUCUGUCAGAGAAGCCACCGCAAGAUGCUGCCGAAGAUAACCCCCUCUUUCCUGUCUCAUUCUCCUCUCUUCCUGCCUGUUUUUUUCCUAAUUCUUUUAUUAUUAUUAUAUUAUAUUAUUAUUAUUAUUGGUUAUAUACUGUCCCCAGUCCCCUGUCCCUACACCAGUGGACCAUGUCUACCCCUUGCCAACUUAAACUCAUCAGGCUUAAAGAUGAAGCCGUGAUAGCUACUGAGAAAGGUGUCAAGCUCCAAUUUACCUUUCUCUCUAAGAAACUCAAUGCUAAUCCCACCUUCUGGCCCUAAAGUGCUUUCUAUUUCUGUCAGUUUCAGACCAGGACUGAAGGCCACAUUAUCCAGUGGAAGGGGUUUAAAACACUGCUUGGCAGCCAUGAAUUUGCAGGUUUUACUAAAUGGUGCUAAUUCUGUCUUUUGAGUUCUACUUUGUCCCUUUAUGCCAUUAGUCCUUACUUCUGCCAACCCUCAUUUCCCAUUGAGGGUAAGAAUGAUGAUGGUGCAGAAGGAUGACAGUAAAAUCCAAAUGGCAUUAGAGACCAGAGUUGGGUUGAAUAGGAUACAGCAAAGAAGUGAUGGAAUAUAAAUCCUUGUGAACUUGGGUGUAUGCUGCCAUGUCAUAUAAGCAUCCAUUGGCUUAUCCCUGCCUCUUCUCUGAGGAGAUAGGAUUGGUCUUAGCCCAAACUCUGCUUCUGUGGUAAGCCAUGAGGACAACUGUAUGAACUAGAUUCAGCCUCUCAGACAUGAUUUCAACUUUACCAUUUUGGCCUUUAAAAAAUAAUUUUCUCUGAAAAUAACUGUGGCUCUUAUUUGCAUUUACAAAUUAUCCUCCCAUCCCCUUUUCCAAUUCAACAAACAUUAGUUUGUCCUUCUUUAGUUAUUGGUUCAAAUCUUCCACCCAUCUUACUUCUUCCCGCAUUCUCUCAGAUUCUCAAGAAAGAAAAAGCAACCCAUUAUCACUUUGAGUUUCAUCAUGCCCUAGUUUGUCAUGGGAAUCUCUCUCUUACCAUCCUGGCAGAUCAAACCCUUCAUAUUGGUAGUAGAAGGAUGAGGAGAGGAAAAAGGAGCUGGCAUAAAAAUUGGGUGGUGGCUGUGGCUCAAAGGGGUAGGAUGCCAGCCCCAUAUGCUGGAGGUGGUGGGUUCAAACCCAGCCCUGGACAAAAACUGAAAAAAAAAAAAAUGGGUAGUCAAUAUUUCAUUUAUUUAGCUAUAUAGCUCUUGGAAUCCAGAUAAUUGGGGCUGAGGCUUUUUGCAAGAGGCUUUUGAGGAGUGAAGGAAAUUGGUAGAGGGGAGUAAAUAAUCUAGAGGCAAGAGUUCACUGAGGGCCAAGAGGAACUCCUAGAAGUGGACAGGGAUAACUUGCCUCCUUUAACAGGGGGUACCCAUGAUUUAUUGCUGCAAAGUAUUUAGUGUAUAUUUAAGGUUAGUUGUUGAAUUUUAGUUAUAAGAGGGAAGAAUAAUUUUACUUUUGUUUUUAUUUCACUAAAUUUUCACUUUCUGAAAGCUACAGGGCAAAAUGUAUGGAAUGGAUAAGGCCACUCUCUCCUUGGUUUCUGCUUUUUGCUCAUGUUCUUUUGUUUACCCAUGAUUUCUAAGGGAUUUGGCUUUCUGCUCUCCUGUUUUUUCUUUUCAGCACUCCUCUCCUUUUUUGGAAGGGGGUUACAUAUAAGAAAGGUUGAAGAAGUCCAGUGAGGCUGAAGUAAAGGGGCAAGAUAGGGCGGUUGACUAAAAAAGCACUUUAUUUCUUUGAAGCCUUUGUAAAAAAGAAAUGGGGGUGUGAGUGGCUUGAAUCUCCCAUGAUGUUGGAGGGCACUUAAUGGGAAUGAUGUGUGUAAUUUAAUAUUUCCCAUUGGAGAAAGGAGAAUUUCUCUUAGAGAAAUGCCUUUGCUCAGUGUCCCUGCUUUAGGCAUCUCUUCCCUAUUCCUUCCAUUAAAGGUGUGUCCUGCACAUGACUUCCCGUCAGUUCUUCCCAAGAUUUCCCCUUUGCAGAUUUCACACCUUUUUUCUAAGCCCCUUUCCUAUUCAGACCCAUACAGGAUGUGCAAAGGUAGACUGAAUCAUACAUGCAAAUGCCCCUGUUCAUCUGUGUCUUCUAGAAACUAGUCUCAUGAAGAACUCCAGCAGGCAGCCAGAGUAACUGAAGUUGGCUAAGAUGGGAGAUUGGCCAACAGGCCUCUUGAGAUUCCAGCUCCACCAAGCUCAGUCAUGCUACAUGGCCCAGGACAAACCUGACUCCCUUUGGGCCUCAGUUUCCCCUCCCCUUCAUGAGAUGGAAAGAAUACUACUUUUCCUUGUUUGUCAAGCAUUGCUGGACAUGGAUUAUAGUCAUUGUUGUUGUAUUGGGUGAUGUGUGCAAAAUUGUAGGAGCUCACUGCCUAUAUGAGGAAAUAAGGGAGAAAGUGGAGGAGAGAGAUAAAAGAAGCAGUUAUUUGGUAAAGAUCCACCCAUCCCAGCCUUCCUCUCCCCAACCCACCUCUCCUCAUGUUUCUGGUUUGGUGAGUCCUUCAUACACGUACCACCCAUAAUGCUUUGCAUUGGUGCAGGCUGGGAAGGGGGUGUAUGGUCUCACAAGUUGUUGUUUUUUGCAUGCUUUCUUAAUUAAAAAAAAAAAAAAGAAUGUUUACAAUUUUA